CUUCCCAGCAUCGCGAGAGACAAAGUCAAGAUCCCCAUUACUAUAAAUAGCCACCCCAACGUACAGAGCAACGCAUCACAAUUAUCACAAACAAAAGACAUAAAUAAGCUUUUAUUAGGAAAAUCCCCAAGUUGAAGACAUGUCUGACGAAUGCGAAGGUAAGAGUUCAUGGCCGGAGCUGGUGGGGGAGAAAGGAAAGAAAGCAGAAGCAACAAUAGAGAGAGAGAAUCCGUUGGUGAAUGCCAUAAUUGUGGACGAAGGAUCCAUCGUCACCACUGACUUCCGAUGCGACAGGGUUUGGGUUUGGGUGAAUGGUGAUGGCGUUGUCACUGAGAUUCCCAAGAUCGGAUAGAUCGAACAACCUCAACUGCUGCUGAUCUAUUCGUUGUUAUCUAUUCUUCAACACCUCCAUGUCAUCGGCUCAUAUAUAGCCAUGGAAUAAGGAGUUCAUUGUUCAGUUCUUAUUUUCUAUCCCCGUGAUGAUGAAUUUAUUGUCAUUGUUGUAUGCUAGCUGUGUAUGUACGAUGUGGUCAAUAAUUAUGUAACUAUUGAAAUCUC